ACCCGAAGAUUCACGUUAAAAUAUUCAGUCGAAUAAAUGUUGAUACAAUCCUAGUUCUGAUUGAAAUGGAAGUAAAAGUUGUGCUUUGUUUGUGUAUUUUACUACAUUAUAGACCACUAGCAUCGUCUUACUCAGGAAAACUUUUGUAUUCAGUCUACACUGUAAUUAUGGAAUAUGAUAUUGACACACGCAAUGUGACGGUACUGGUAGAGGUGGGAAGUAGUUUUGUGCUUGCCAUGGACUAUAAUUACAAAAACAGAUUCAUUUAUUUUCCAAGAUACGAUACUGGUGACAUCGUUAGAUUUGCAUAUCCCUCAAAGAACAGAACAUUACAGACCGUUGUCCAGACUGAUCCAUAUCCAUUAGGAAUAGCUGUUGAUUCAACCAAUGAGCAUAUCUACUGGGUUGCUCCUGCUUAUACUAACGCACUUUCAAGAUGUAAUCUAGAUGGAAGCAAUUUGACUUUGUUAACUACUCUUAGUGUUCCAUAUGUGGUACGACUUGAUGUUAUAAACAGAUGGAUGUAUAUUGUUAAAGCGUAUAUCGGGGUAAUGAAGUUAAGAUUUGAUUUAGCUGACCAGCAGAUGAUCGUUAACAUUACUUCAUCAACAAUCAUCCAUUGCAUGGGUAUAGGUAUUUAUCUGUGCUAA